AUGCAGAUGAGAGGAGUGUCGGAGUCGACUUGCAAAGGUGACACUUCCCAGCUGGCGGCAGAGAGGCAGCAUGAAAAGCCCUGCGUGCACUUCGAGGUGAGGCACGUUAAAUGUCUCCUCAUUUUCAGCCUUUCCCUAGGACUCGUCUUCCUCUCGGGAUUCUUCCGCAUGAAGAACAAAAAUUACAUAAUUUCCAAGAGACACGAGGAGCUGCUGCUACCUUCCAUGCCUUGCCAUGCCAAGACAAAUGUCAUGUUCCUCAAGACCCACAAGACAGCCAGCAGCACCAUCCUGAACGUCAUGUUCAGGUUUGCAGAGAAGUACAACCUCACUGUUGCCCUCCCAGCUGGGCAGCUCCUCCACCUGGGCUACCCAAAGAGCUUCCUGACCCAGUUUGUGGAGGAAUUUCAAGCCAUAGGACAAAACUACAAUAUCAUGUGCAACCACUUGAGGUUUAACCCCUCUGAGGUACAAAAGGUGAUGCCAGCAAACACCUUCUACUUCUCCAUCCUGAGGAACCCCAUUGCCUUGCUGGAGUCUUCCUAUGCCUACUACAAGGACAGUGUCCCUGCCUUCAGGUUCUCCAAGGACGUGAACGAGUACCUGGCGUCGCCUAUGAAGUAUUACCACUGGGGGGAUACCAAGAGAAAUAUCUAUGCCAGAAACAUCAUGUGGUUUGACUUUGGCUAUGACAACAAUGCUGGGGACAGUAAAAGGUACAUCCAGGCAAUCCUGAACGAGAUUGAACAGAAUUUCCACCUGAUCCUGAUAGCAGAGUACUUUGACGAGUCCAUGAUCCUCCUGAAGCGUGCUUUGUGCUGGGAUCUCGAUGAUGUGCUUUACUUCAAGCUCAACUCCAGAAGCCAGGACACCGUCCAGACCUUGACUCCAGAAAGUGAGGAGCAGAUAAAAACGUGGUGCUCACUGGACUGGGAGCUCUACCUGCACUUCAACCACACCUUCUGGAGGACAAUUGAGAAGACCAUAGGACUCAAGGAUCUGGAGGAGGAGGUGAAUCACCUGCGAACGAGACAGAAGGAGCUGAUGAGGACAUGUCUCUCAGACCAGGAGGCAGUAGGGAAAGAUCACAUCAAGAACAAAGCUCUCCUGCCUUUCCAGUCAGGGACUGCAAAUAUCCUUGGGUACAACCUCAGGCAAGACUUAGAGAACAGGACUCUGAGAACCUGCCAGAAAAUGAUUAUGCCAGAGCUCCAGUACACAUCCUAUCUUUAUUCCGUUCAACACCCACACAAGGAGAGGAAACAGGGCUUUCCCUGGCAGUGGAGCAGUUUCCAGGAGAAGAUGCAGCUCCCACCUCCCAACUAGGACACAUGACAACCCACUGUGGUUUCCCACCCCUUUUCAUCACCCCAUAUCUGGCAUGGCACCAACCCACAGGGCUCUUGCACAUGAGGGGAAGGUGGGGGAGCCUUUGUUUGGGGCCACUGAGCUGGUGGUGGGUCCCUUUUUGGGGACCUUGGGCCAAAGGCUCUGCAUUGGCUGGAUACUACAUGAUCCCACCUCCCUGCUCCCUGGCAGAGGGACAUCUCGCUGCUGCUAAGCACUGGGCAGACUUUCAGCUGGCUUAGACCUUCCUGCCUCUUAAUCAUUAAUCACAGGCUUAAUCAUUCUGCUUGCGUUCAGCUUAAUUUCACAGCCCUUGCUGCGCCCAGGCUGGUCACAGCGCACAGAGCAAGUCCUGAUCUGCAGCAGUUAGGGGAAAACAGGGGAGAGGGAAGGCACAAGGAGAGUGCAAUGAGGGACACAACACUGGGAGGCCUAGG